ACAGACUAUGAACAAGUUUGUUCCUCUCUGUCAACGGCGAUUUCAACGACCCAGAAAAGUUCUUCUCGCCUUCAUAAGAAUAAUUUUCUUCUAACAGACUUGAAUAAAGAAUUUGCAUGUGUUUUUUCUAUUGAAUCGUUGAAGACACAAUUCUUGGGUAUUGACUUUGGAAUCUCUAGUUUAACCUGCAUCUGCGAGUGUUGAAGCGGGAUAUCGAGGCCCUUCUUUAUAUAAAAGUUGACUUUGAGGUGGUCAAUCAGAGUAGUUUCCUGCAGGAAACAAUUGUCAGCAUGGCACUGGUGGGUGCAAUGAUCGGAGCUGCAUUGUGGGGUUGGAUCAAUGAUGCUUUUUGACGUAAAAAGUCUACACUCGUUGCUGAUGUUGUCUUUACAGCUGGGGCAGUUGUCAUGUCUGUUGCACCAGAUCCAUAUGUGCUGAUACUAGGUAGAUUUUUCGUUGGCCUGGGUGUGGGGGUAGCAUCUGUAACUGCACCUAUAUACAUUGCCGAAGCAUUACCAUCUGAAGUUCGAGGAACAUGGAGAUGCAUGCUUGGAUUUUCUGCUGUGCCAGCAGCAGUCAUUCAGUUUGUCCUCAUGCUUUUGUUGCCUGAGCCUCCACGAUGGCUUUUAAUGAAGAAUGAUAAAAAUCAAGUUAUAUGUGUGCUUUCUAAAAUUUAUGACCUGUCUCGGUUAGAAGAUGAAAUUGAUCACCUAACUGCUGCUUCAGAAGAAGAAUCCCAGAAGAAGAAUGAGAUCAGAUACUUUAAUGUCUUUAGAAUAAAAGAAAUCAGAAUUGCCUAUUUGGCCGGUGCUGGACUUCAGGCAUUUCAGCAGCUCACUGGCAUCAACACUGUCAUGUACUACAGCCCAACAAUUGUUCAGAUGGCUGGAUUCAGUUCUAAUCAGCUAGUGCUUCUUUUGUCUCUGGUUGUGGCUGCCAUGAAUGCAGCUGAAACCACUGUUGGCAUUUACCUUAUUGAUCAUGUUGGAUGGAAAAAGUUGGCCCGUUCAAGCUUGUCGGGUGCAGGAUAUUCUCAUUACCUCUGAAAGUUCUGCGGAAUCAAUGACUAUUCUAAAA